AUGAAGUCCAACUUCCUCAUUGCGCUCUUCAGUUUGGCUCUGGCCGCUGUUGCUGCUCCUACCGGUCCUGGUGGUGCUGGCGGCGGUGGUGGUGCUGGCGGUUCCGUGGGCGGCGGUGGCGGUGGCGGCGGCUCAAUCGGCGGAGGCCUCGGUGGUGGCUUUGGGGGUGGCUUCGGUGCUGGCGCGGGAAUCUAA